UCUGUCUGUCCGUCCAUGGAUUUCGCGCCGAGGGCAAGAUUUUGCAGAACUUGUUCGGGGGAAUUCCGAAACGUACAGCUGACGUUAAUAGCCGUGUGUGCUAACAAAACACGAGUGGCUUCAACGACGUACUUUCACUUGAGGUCUGGCGGCACGAUCGGUUUCUGUUGAUGAUUGAUCUGGGAAAUCAGCGCCUCUCCUGGGCCAGUAGGCAUGGAGGAAGACAUGAAUGCAGAAGCGAGCCAGAGCCUUCCCCUGAGCCAGAACACCUUCCGUGUGUUGUGGGACAACAUCGUCAACAAUCCCGACUCAAUGCCCACUUCGGACUGGGGGACGGACGAGCAGAUUGAUGCUCUACUGUUCAGCGAUCAGCCACUCCCGCCGAUCAAUGAACAAUUUUUUGAAUUGGGACCAGCGGUUGCACCUCAAGAUUAUGCUACACCCCAAGCCCCAACGGUCGCUGUAACAACCGAUUAUCCGGGCGAGUAUGGAUUUGGGCUGACGUUCCAAAAAAGUGGAUGUGCCAAGUCCGUGACCUCCACAUUUUCAGAGCAGCUGAAUAAGCUGUAUUGCCAGCUGGCCAAAACCACUCCCAUCGAAUUGAUUGUGAGCAAGGAGCCACCGCUGGGUGCUCUGGUCCGGGCCACGGCAGUGUAUAAGAAAACGGAGCACGUGGCAGAGGUGGUCCGCCGCUGCCCCCACCACCAAAAUGAGGACGCUGCAGAAAACAGCAGCCACUUGAUUCGGCUCGAGGGCAGCCAACUGGCUCUGUAUUAUGAAGACCCCAACACGAAGAGGCAUAGUGUGACUGUGCCGUAUGAACCGCCUCAGCUUGGCUCUCGCCAUACGACCAUUUUGCUGUCGUAUAUGUGCAACAGCUCAUGCAUGGGGGGCAUGAAUCGCCGGCCUAUCCUCACCAUCCUUACGCUGGAAACCACUGAUGGCAGCGUGCUGGGGAGAAGGUGUUUUGAGGCACGAAUCUGUGCGUGCCCUGGACGGGACAGAAAGACGGAGGAGGAAAACGGCACCAAGCAGAAAAGUGGAAAGCAGCUCAAAAAAAGAAAAAGUCCAACUCUUCUUGAAAGCACAGAGUGCAACAAGAAGACCAAGUCUGCCUCCAGCGCCGAGGAUGAUGAGGUCUUCACCUUGCGUGUUCGAGGGAGGCAAAACUUCGAGAUGCUCAAGAAAAUCAAUGAUGCUCUGGAACUGCAGGACAAACUCGGCAAAAACAAGUCUGCAGUCAAGACCGACAUCCCAAUGCCUUCUAGUGGAAAGCGUGUCAUGAAACUUGAGGAUAGAAGUGACAGCGAGUGACUUGUCAUUCUUUUUCCUUUUAUCCAUUUUUUUUGUUAUUUUGUUAUUUUUAAUCCCUUGCAAUAUUUGUAUCUGAUAAGAGUUAUAUCUUUUGUACCUUUUGCUCAUUUUUUAAAACUUUUUCCAUGUUUUUUUUCCAUACUUGCAAUGUACUCGAGCCAAAAUAAAACUGAAUCAUGAAAAUG